GCGUGAAUAGACGUUUUUUAAUUCAACAUCCAAAAAUAAUUAAUCAAUCCUUAAAGGCUAUCUUGAAAUCAAGAAAUAUCAAAACCAAAUCAAUUUACAAGAAUUCAUCAAAAUGGAAAAUUCUCAGGAACUGGCUGGAAUUAUUGGGGACGAAUUGUUGAUGAUUGAUUCUCAAGCGACAAGUGACGAACUCAUGGUCAGCAACUCACCACAUUAUAUGUCAUGCACUGAAGAUUUUGACAUUGCUGCAGCUGCUGAAAUGAUGCAUGCUGAUGAUGUUCGCUCGUUUGAAGAGGCACCAAUGGAGCAAGGCAUGGUAUACAUGGCUGAAUGCAUUUGUUGUGUCGAUAAUAUGCAUCAAGAAGUUCAUGAUGAACAGUCUGUACAAGCCCCAUUUACUCGUCAUGUUACUUUUGAGAUGGACGAAAUAUCAGCAACAUCAACUAAAGAGUCUGUAUAUCAGCUUGAACCUGAAGAUGUCAGUCCAGUCAUUCGUCGAUCAAGUCGAAUUGAAAGCAAUGCUCAAAAGCGCAGAUCAUCAGAAAUAAUUUCUGCAACCACAACAAAUAUUCGUAAGCGUCGAUCAUCAGAAAUGUCUCCAACAAAUGCCAGCAUUCGAAAGCGCAAAUCUACUGCAAGUCCUGAAAUUUCUACUCCGAAAAUUCGUCGAACAAGCUCUUUUCGUCGUGCUUUAAAGUCUCCAGUUACUAAUACAGGAAGCAAUCAAAAAGUCGCAAAGAAGCGCACUAGUUCCACAGGACGUCCUCGUCGGCAAAGUGGAAAGUUCAAUAAGAAGUAAUUUAAAUGUAUGUUUAAUUUUUUUAUCCAUUAUUUAUUUAUAUAUUUUAUAUCCAUUAUAAUAUGAUCGUUUUUAUAUCAUGUACCUAUUAAUAUCCAUGAUGUGAGUUUCAUGAUGCAAGUAAAAUUUAAUGAUGACAAUC